AUGGAGCCUGCUUCUCCCCAGGAUGAUGUGAAGAAGAGGCAGCAGAAGGAGAAGUCCAAGAAGCCAGUGCCACCAGCAGCUCCCCGGCCAGCCAGGGCUCUGUUCUGCUUAACUCUGCAAAACCCCCUGCGGAAGGCAUGCAUCAGCAUUGUGGAGUGGAAACCCUUUGAGAUCAUCAUCCUUCUGACCAUCUUCGCCAACUGUGUUGCACUGGCCAUCUACCUGCCGAUGCCUGAGGAUGACACCAAUGUUGCCAACUCCAGCCUGGAGAAGAUCGAAUAUGCCUUCCUGAUCUUCUUUGCCAUUGAAGCGAUGCUCAAGAUAAUUGCCUACGGGUUUCUUUUCCAUACGGAUGCCUAUCUCCGAAACGGCUGGGACGUGCUCGACUCGACUUUUCCAUCGCUUAUCACCAUGACCCUGGAGCAGGUCAAUGCGAAGCAGGGAGGGACUUCAGGGGGAAAAGGCGGCUUUGACGUGAAGGCCCUGCGAGCGUUUCGUGUGCUGAGACCCCUGCGCCUGGUGUCCGGAGUGCCGAGCCUUCAGGUCGUCCUGAACUCCAUCAUCAAGGCCAUGGUGCCCCUGCUUCACAUUGCCCUGCUGGUCCUCUUCAUGAUCAUCAUAUAUGCCAUUGUUGGACAAGAGCUCUUCAAGGGCAAGAUGCACAAGACCUGCUACUACCUCGGGACAGAUGUGAUUGCCACGGUGGCAUCAGAGAAGCCAGCCCCAUGCACCAGCUCCGGCCACGGGCGACACUGCACCAUCAAUGGCACCGAGUGCCGAAGCGGCUGGCCAGGGCCCAACGAUGGCAUCACUCACUUUGAUAACUUUGGCUUUGCCAUGCUGACUGUCUACCAGUGCAUCACCAUGGAGGGCUGGACCGAAGUCCUCUAUUGGGUAAAUGAUGCCAUUGGAAAUGAAUGGCCUUGGAUCUACUUCGUCAGCCUUAUCUUGCUUGGCUCCUUCUUCGUUCUCAACCUGGUGCUGGGGGUGCUCAGUGGUGAGUUCACCAAAGAGCGUGAGAAGGCCAAGUCACGAGGCACAUUUCAGAAGCUGCGGGAGAAGCAACAGCUGGAGGAGGAUCUGAAGGGCUACAUGGAAUGGAUCACCCAUGCUGAGGUCAUGGACAGUGACCGGGCCAGAGGAGAAGGUAUGCUGCCAUCGGAUGAAGGAGGGUCAGAGACAGAGAGCUUGUAUGAAAUUGAGGGCAUGAACAAGUGGAUUAUCUACUUCCGUCGAUGGAGGCGUUGGAACCGAAUGUUUCGUAGGAAGUGCAGGAAUGUGGUGAAGUCCAAGUUCUUCUACUGGCUUGUCAUCCUGCUGGUGGCACUGAACACCCUCUCCAUCGCCUCUGAGCACCACUUCCAACCAGAAUGGCUGACACAGGUGCAAGACAAUGCCAACCGGGUGCUGCUCGCACUCUUUGUGGUUGAGAUGCUGCUGAAGAUGUAUGCACUGGGCCUGCGCCAGUACUUCAUGUCUCUCUUCAACCGCUUCGACUGCUUCGUGGUGUGUGCGGGAAUCUUGGAGACCAUCCUGGUGGAGCUCGGCACCUUGUCACCCCUGGGCAUCUCUGUGCUGCGUUGCAUCCGGCUCCUUCGCAUCUUCAAGAUCACCAGGUACUGGACAUCCCUGAGCAACCUGGUGGCCUCCCUGCUCAACUCGGUCCGCUCCAUUGCCUCGCUGCUCCUCCUCCUCUUCCUCUUCAUCAUUGUCUUUGCGUUGCUAGGCAUGCAGCUCUUUGGGGGCAAGUUUGACUUCGAGGACAUGAAAGUGCGGCGCAGCACAUUUGACAACUUCCCCCAGGCCCUCAUCAGUGUCUUCCAGGUAUAG